AUGUCAGACGUAGCCAGCGCCUCAGCAUCGGCUCCAUCGACACGAAAAUCGCGCGGUGCCAACCCGUCCACCGACUACAAGUCGCUCUUUAUCAAAUCCAAGGACAAGUACGAUCGCGUCUCGACCGACCACACGGAUCUUGAGGCGAGUGUGGCAAAAGCCACCGCCAAGCAACAAAAGCUACGCGAAGAGCUCGACUACCUACUGGAUGCGGUGGCUUCGAAACGUGCGCAACGUGCUCAGAUCGAACAGUCGCAUCGCGACCAUGCACUCGAAUUGGAACGCGAAGCUGCAGCCGCUGUAGCAGCAGCUCAGGCGGCACGACUUCGAGCCAGCUCACUGGCUCAACGCGAUCGAGACCGUGACGCUUACGAGCCAAGAAGUGCGCAUAGGGGAUACGAGGGCGGCGCAGAGUAUGUGCCUUAUCCAGCGAGGUAUUCAGAAUCCAGCUAUCACGCAUACGGCGCUGGUUCGAAUCGCGGUUAUGCGUCACCUCCCCCACCGUUGGCACCAGCGACGGGCGUGUCUGCUGGUUCGAGAAGGAUUAGCGUUUCGUCUCAGAGAGAUGAGGACAGGUAUCCUACCUCGGAAGGCUCACGCAAAGGCUCGACGCAAAGAGAUCCUCAUGCGCCAGCAUCGUAUCGCCCACCUACAUCUCAAUCACCGCCACCGCCACCAGCGAAUUCUAUGCUGUCCCCUCGAAGAUCACACGCGCACGACCCUCACUCUUCUCCGUCGAGAUCCGAGGCGCAUCGGCGCUAUCGCGAAUCUACCCCGCCUCUCGUGCCAUCCUCCUCCACGUCGUCAGCGGUUAAAAGGCCAAGAACAUUCAGUGCGGAGCGCGAGCUUCUCGAUGCAGACAAUGCCUACUCCACCAAGCGAGCCAGAAACGAUUAG